UCUCAUUUUCCACAAAUAUUUGGGGAAGUUUCCUUUUCUGAUUCUUUUGUUUUAAAUUUCCUUUCCUGAUUUAUUCUUCACAAUGACUUUCCGUUCUUCCUUGUGUCAACAACCAAAUCAACUGCUGUUUCUCCUUGACCCAAAAGCUACGGUUUCUAUUUUUGUUUCUUUACUAAACUAGGGUUUGUCUCCCUAUCCCUCUCCAGGAUUGAUCUCUUCCAGUUUCUUCACAUUUUUGCCCUCACAUUUAUAGGGCAUUCUGCACCUUUGGCUUUGUGAACAUUAUUGUUGAGCCAAUUUUUUCCAAAACUGUCCUGGAUAUGGUGUAAUGCUGGGCAAUUGAGGUCAAAUAACUUGUUUUAUUCUGUAUUGCUGUAGUGAAUUAUUUGCAGAUUGUAUUUGCUUUCGGCUCAGUAUCGCAUUUAUGAUUUGUUGUGUUUGCCAAUUGACAGCUUGGUGGUUCUGACAGAUUUUUAACGAUGAAGUGGUGGAGUUUUUAGGGGAUAUUGUGUGUGCUUAUUAGGUUUGUAAUUAUAAUGAUGAAGAGAUUGAAAAAUGAGGCUUCAAGUGUGAGGAGGUUCAAAUUGUCAUAUAUUUUGCUAGGUUUAGCUGCAUUUUACUUGAUCCUCAUCUGCGUGAAGUUCCCAGAGUUUCUCGAGAGCGCUACAGCUUUGAGUGGUGAUGCUGCUGCUGCAGAUGUGGCUCUAGAUGUCGAGGAUGAUGGUGGAGAAUCAUCUUCUGGAUUUCAUAAUAAUUUAAGCCAAUAUGCACUAGUGACACCGCAAGAAGAGGAAAAUGAAAAUGGAGUGUUACCCCAUAAAAAGCCCCGUAAGCUUCACUAUGGUCGAAUUACUGCAGCUAUUAUGAAACAACAAAAUAUGGAGCGAAAUCUUUCUGUUUUGGAUAGAAUGGCUGAUGAAGCUUGGACUUUAGGCUCGAAAGCCUGGGAAGAAUUAGAUAAAUACGAGGAGAAGGGGAUUGAGAUGAAUUCAAUUCUCGAGGGGAAGCCCGAGUCAUGCCCUUCAUGGGUUUCUACUAGUGGAGCACAACUUGCUAAAACAGAUCAACUUAUGUUCCUACCAUGUGGGCUUGCAGCAGGUUCUUCUAUAACACUUAUUGGUACUCCUCAUUAUGCGCAUCAUGAGUAUGUACCGCAGCUUGCCAAAACAAGGGCUGGCGAUGCAUUAGUCUUGGUUUCCCAAUUUAUGAUUGAAUUACAGGGUUUAAAGUCCGUUGUUGGUGAGGAUCCACCAAAGAUUUUGCAUCUGAAUCCUAGAAUUAGAGGAGAUUGGAGCCAUAGACCAGUGAUCGAGCACAAUACUUGCUAUAGAAUGCAAUGGGGAACGGCUCAAAGGUGUGAUGGUUUACCUUCCAAGUAUGAUGAUGACAUGCUCGUUGAUGGAUAUUUGAGAUGUGAGAAGUGGAUGCGGAAUGACAUUGUUGAUACUCGAGAGUCGAAAAUAUUCUCAUGGUUUGAUCGAUUCAUUGGACGUGCAAAGAAACCAGAGGUGACAUGGCCUUUCCCAUUUGUGGAGGGUAGGAUGUUUAUUCUUACUAUUCGUGCUGGUAUUGAUGGCUACCAUAUCAAUGUAGGCGGCCGGCACGUGACAUCAUUUCCGUAUCGAACUGGCUUUACACUGGAAGAUGCUACAGGGUUGGCAAUCAGAGGUGAUGUAGAUAUACAUUCGGUUUAUGCUACGUCUCUACCAACCUCUCAUCCAAGUUUUUCUCCUCAAAGAGUGUUGGACUUCUCAGAGAAGUGGAAAUCUCCUCCUUUACCCCAGAAUCGCAUUCAAAUUUUUAUUGGUGUGCUUUCUGCCACCAAUCACUUUGCUGAGCGUAUGGCAAUCAGGAAAACGUGGAUGCAGGCUUCAGCAAUUAAGUCCUCAGAUAUAGCAGUCCGCUUCUUUGUUGCAUUGAAUCCACGAAAGGAGUUGAAUGCUAUAUUGAAGAAGGAAGCAGAUUACUUUGGGGACAUUGUGAUUGUCCCCUUUAUCGACAGAUACGAGCUAGUGGUCCUGAAAACUAUUGCCAUCUGCGAGUAUGGGGUUCAGAAUGUGACAGCUGCAUAUAUCAUGAAAUGUGACGACGAUAAUUUUGUGAGGAUAGAUGCAGUCCUUAGAGAAAUUCAACGUGUUCCUCCUAGACGAUCUCUUUACAUGGGUAAUCUUAAUCUCUUGCAUCGACCACUUCGAACAGGAAAAUGGGCUGUAUCAUUUGAGGAGUGGCCAGAAGAUGUAUAUCCCCCUUAUGCUAAUGGGCCAGGGUAUAUAAUAUCAAGUGAUAUUGCCAAACAUAUCAUUUCUCAAUAUCGGAACCGAAGCUUACGGCUUUUCAAAAUGGAGGAUGUGAGCAUGGGUAUGUGGGUUGAGAAGUAUAACAGUUCCACUCCUGUACAGUACUCUCACAACUGGAAGUUUUGUCAAUAUGGAUGUAUGGAAGAUUAUUUCACGGCUCAUUAUCAGUCUCCACGACAGAUGUUCUGUCUGUGGAACAAUUUGCUCAAGGGUAAGGCUCAUUGCUGCAAUUUUUAGAUUGAUGAGAGCAAUUGAUGGGCGUCCUCCCCCAAUUUGAAUUGAAGCUUCUGACUCCCUAACUGGAGAUCUUCCGCCAAGAAGUGAAGUUGUGCAGUUUUAUCUGUUCAGAUUACUGUUUUAGUUCAACAAGUGAUUUAACACCGAGCUUUGGUCAUCGCCAUGGAUUUGUACAUCUGUUAUUUACUGUGUACUACUAGUCUUUGUAUAGGAUUCGUGCCUCCUUGUACCAUGAACAAACAUACAGAGAUCUGAUAUUCAGCUGAGCCUCCCACUUCCAAAUUUUUCGGCUGGGGCCUUCAAACUAAAUGUUUGCCCCUUAACGCUUUGUAUGAAGCUUUUACUCUGGGAAUUCUAAAAAGUACUUUUUGCUCCUUGAAAAUUUGUUUA